AUGCUGUGGAUAUUUCGUUAUUUUCUUGUCUUUGUUUCGUUCACCAACCUUGUGAUCACUGAGGAUCAAUGCAGGAUAGAAAUUAACAUUCGUGGCAUGGCUCUCAAAGGCUUCGUUUUCAAGAGAAUGACAGUAGCAGCUCCUCAUAUCUGUGAUAUCUUAUGUGAAAGGGAAAUUACAUGCCAGAGCUACAAUUUCAACAGAAAAGAACAGAUCUGUGAGUUGAACAACCGCACAAAGGACGCAAGGCCCGAGAAUUUCCGCUCGGAUCCAGCAUGGUUUUAUAUUCGCCGUUUGAGCGGAAGAGGUAACUAUUCAGCCAAUAAUGUUGGAUAAUAAUUAUCAAUAUUUUGGUCAUACGUUCCACUUUGCUUACAGUCCGCGUUUUCUGAUCUCCCACGUUCAUCGGUAUCGAUUUUUCUACCAUUUCUCAAUUCUAAUAAUGAACGACAUCAGUUUUAUCCCUUUUCUUUGUAGUUGUUUUGUCGUUUCCCACCAAUAACGUAGCUCCAUCCUCUGCAGAUAAACACAAAACCCACAAUUCUUCCAUUCACUUUGACGUAUCAACUCAGUUGAUAGCACCAAAUAACCUUAUUAUACUCUCCCACCGACGUAGCACCACACUUUCUUUAGAAACUUACCCCCUUUAUUCAAUUCAACUUUUAGUUAACUUCUUCACAAAACAGCUUUGAUACAUGUGUGAAAUAGUGACAACAAAUUAUUUAUUUCAAUUUCUUCUUUAAAAUGAUACAAAAAGCUUAGGGUCUUGAAAGAAGAAAAAAAAGCUGGUGGAUCUAAAGGAAGGGUUUAAAAGUGUGGGGGGCCCACUUCCCAAGAGAAGGCUGCUUGACAGAGCAUUUAAUUUAACACAUUCAAAGGCGGAAUUUAAGUGAAUGGGAUUAGAUCCUCAUUCUAAUUCUCUCGUGUUUUUCACUCUCGGCUUCCGACUAGUGCACCUACAUAUAUUUAAUUUCAACAUUUUUAUCCUUACCAGCUCCCUUGGGUUCGAUUCCGGAGUUACCAGCACGUUCAUGUCAAGAGAUAAAAGCAAACGAAGGGAAAGACACCGCGAGCAACAAAUACUGGCUGGAUCCAUCUGGCACUGGGAAGGGAAUUCUGGUUUACUGUAAUAUGCAUUUGGAAGGUAAAUCUUUAAAUUUAUCUUCGGAAGGUAAAUUUUUUUAA